CCCACCGCACAAGCAUGACCAGCAUCAGCAGCACCGACAAGCUUCCUCUAUCCAUCGAGGCCGGCGCACACAAUACGAAUGAGAAAGAGGACGGAGUCGUCACUAUAGAUGUCGAUGGCACGCCCAUCAAGUUGGACAAGCUCGGGCCUAUGAUCAUCAACGGCGAUGGAACCAUUUCGCGGAUCACAAACUGGGCGGAGAUGGGCGAGAUCGAGCGCAACCGCGCAGUCCGUCUUAUGGUGAAGCGCAACCAUUCGCGCCUGAAGAAGCUCGCCCAAGAGCACGGGGACAGCGGCGACGAGCAGGUCAGCGCGCUCAAGGAGGCUUAGAUGCAGCCCAUUGCAACCUCUGCGAUCGUCGGGGUUGCCCAUCCGCAGCGCCUUGUGGUGUCCGCCGACAGGCCCGCGCGACGACCAUACUGCCCGCCUCAUGUCGCGGCCUCCACCGCCCUCAACAUGCGCAGUACUCAAUCGUCCAUUCGCCGUUGUAGACAAAUCGCCUAGAACAUACGUUUAGACCAUCUGUACUUGCGUUCUGGU